AUGUCGCGCGUGUGCGACCGGCUGGUGGACGUGUUCUGGGUGGAGAAGCCCGACCCCGCGCAGUGGCGCCUGCUGCUCGCCUUCAGCGCCGAGUGGGCGCGCAUCCGCCCGCACUUCUUUGCGCGCGCCAAGCUGCGCGCGCGCGAGUUCGAGGAGCAGGGCAAGCCCGACAAGGCCGCGGAACUGUACCGCCUGGCGCGCAGGCUCAAAGAGUCGAGUGACAAGGGCACGGCUCUCAGGGGCAACGGCUCUCAGGGGCACGGCUCUCAGGGGGGUGGUGGCGGCAGAGAGAAGAGAGGCUCACCCCUAGGCUCUCGUCCCGCUGCCCUCCUGUCGGCCCUUCCCCAGGUGGACGACUCAAUGACGGCACACAACCGAGCUCUUCUCAUUGGUGGAGGAGCACGAGGCGGAGGGCGCGCUGGAAGGGCUGGUGGCGAGGCGGCGGAGGGACUUCACGGGGGAACCGACCAUGAUAACCCUCAGAGGCAGGACGGUGAGAAGAUGAGGGGUGCAGGGCGAGCCGUGACAACCCGCAGCGACAGCACUGUGAGUGGUACAAGGGUGAGAUGUGAUGUGAGUGGUAGAAGAGUGAGUGAGAGUGAAGGGGCGGAGUCCUUUGAGCACCUGCAGAGGCUGUGCCAGGCCAUGCAUGACAACCCACUGAUGGCAGGACGAGAUCGCAUCCCUGGCAGCCAAGUGUCCAAGUGUGUGACAGCGAUGGACAUUCACGACAAGGUGGAGGCAGAUGAGGUGGCUCUGGAGGCGCCACAGGCCAAGUUUGACUCUCUUUACCUGUUUCAACCUGUCUCUACCUCUCUCUACAUGUCU